AUGGGUGUCCCGACCUUGGCUACAGGAAAACUGCAUAGAUAUGCGUUAUGCGCCUUAUUACUUGGCCUUGUGGUGACCGUCUGCGCAGAGGCGGUGGUUGCUAAGGACAUUGGCUUGCUGACGCCCGACGAGAUCGAGGAGAAUCUGCAGCAAUGCAUGUUCGUACAGUCCUUGAACGAGCACAAAAUCAAGACCCAACCGAGUCAAGCCUCGUUGACGACCCAACUCUUCGCCUACCUGUUCCCCUCGUCCUCACCUGCCAUCAACGCCCUCCUAGCAACAGCAUACAUCUCGGGCCCGCCAAACUUUCUGCUGGCACUAUGUCCGCCCAACAUCGACCCCUCGUCGCUCAGCAUCAUGGUGGCAUUUGCGGUAGGAGGCCUUCUGGGAGACACCCUUUUCCACCUUCUGCCCGAGAUCUUUCUGGGUGAAGACGAGCACGACCGAGUCAAGUUUGUCAUUGUCGAGCCCAACAGGAACCUCCUCCUCGGAGUCGGCAUCAUCGGCGGUCUAGUGACGUUCAUGGCCAUGGAUAAAGCAUUGCGCAUUGCCACCGGAGGAGGAGGGGGAGGACACAGCCACUCGCAUGCCCAAGAAAAAGAUCACAGUUCGGCGACAGCGACAACCACAUCCUCGACAACAACCGCAGGAGCAGCCGUGAAUGGGGAUCUCAAACAGCGUAAACCGCCCUCCUCUACUCCAGGUAGCUCCUCCCCUCCAUCCAGCACCAGCCCUCAAAACCCGUCCGUCAAGCUCGCGGGCCUCCUGAACCUGAUCGCCGAUUUCACACACAAUAUAACCGACGGCCUCGCCCUCUCGUCGUCCUUCUACGCCUCCCCCGCCCUCGGCGCCACGACCACCAUGGCGGUAUUCUUCCACGAAAUUCCGCACGAGGUAGGCGACUUCGCCCUGCUCAUCCAAUCCGGCUUUUCGAAGCGGAAAGCCAUGGGCGCACAAUUCGUGACAGCGGUGGGCGCGUUCUUGGGCACAGGCAUCGGCAUCUUCGUGCAGGAGUUCGGUGGCUCCCCGGCUGGAGAUGCUACAGACGGCGGCGUGGCCAAAGGGAUCUGGGGCACAAGUCUCAGCUGGGGAGACAUGUUGCUUCCCUUCACGGCGGGCACAUUUCUGUAUGUCGGCACAGUGGCUGUGAUUCCGGAAUUAUUAGAGACAGGUCCUCACAAAGGAGAAGAGUUGAGGAAGACGGCUCUCCAGUUUGGGGCCAUGUUCCUGGGUGCGGCGAUCAUGCUGGGGAUUUCAUGGUCGUGA